ACUCCAGUCUAAUAGGUGGCGAUAAUGCAACAUAUUGGAUGCCAGCCGCAGUUAAACCUCAUCGAAGAAUAGCACGUCAGAAGCACAAAAAAGGGAUAGCCAUACAUGCUUCAAAGAAACGCUCAGUGAGGGAUCUAGUUGGAUUUGUAGCCAUCAUGAGUGGAGGAACACCUUAUAUCGGGAGCAAAAUCAGCCUAAUUUCGAAGGCCGAGAUUCGUUACGAAGGGAUUCUCUACACUAUUGAUACUGAGAAUUCGACUGUCGCACUUGCAAAAGUUCGGUCUUUUGGCACUGAGGAUCGGCCCACUGAUAGGCCCAUCCCGCCCCGAGAUGAGAUCUUUGAGUACAUAAUCUUCAGAGGCAGUGACAUCAAGGACCUGACUGUGUGUGAGCCGCCAAAGCCAACAUGCUCUCUCCCUCAGGACCCUGCCAUUGUCCAGUCCUCCGUGUGCUCGGCCCCUCCACCUGCUCCUGCUGCCACUUCAGCUCCAUUCCAGUCGGUGGGCUCCAACGGCCUGUUCAACCGCGCUCCCGUGCCCCUGUACAGCCAGUGCAACACCAGCCCCCUGGUGUCCCUGCAGUUUGGCACCGUUGGUGUCGCUAAGAGCCACAGCAGCACAAAGCCUGGAUAUGGCCGCACCAGCCCCUCCCUGGACCCCCUGAGGAAGAGCCUGACAGUAGAGCAGCCAGCUCCGUCGGCCCCCUAUGCUCCGACUCCUGGCUUGGGCCGCAGGAGUCCCGCUCUGGGCCACACGACCCCUUCGGCUCCAGCCGCCGGCCAUGCCCAGCAGCAGCACCAUCACCAAGGCACAGAGUCCCAGAAAGCACUCAGAGCAGCAGCGGCUGCUGCUCAGACACAAGUUGUCGGCCCCCCACCUCAGAGGCGUGGUCGUGGAGGCGGACAACGCGGCAGGGGCCGCUUCAAUGUGCGCCUAGACGGACCCAUGAAGUUCGAGAGGGACUUUGACUUUGAGAGUGCCAACGCCCAGUUCAACAAGGAAGAAAUUGACAGGGAGUUCCAGAACAAGCUCAAACUAAAAGAUGAGACGGAGAGGGCAGCAGUAAACGGGGAAUAUAAGGGCAACUCCGGGGUGGAGACUCAGAACAGCAAGGGCAACGCUGAUGAAGAAGGGCUGGAGGCACUAAAACGUAACGUUUACUACGACAAGUCCAAGUCUUUCUUCGACAACGUCUCCUGUGACUACAGCAGGAAAGCUGCAGAAAGAUCUGGAGGAAGCUCUGGUUUCCCACUGCAGCGGAGGCAGACCUGGGCCGAGGAGAGGCGUAUCAACACGGAGACGUUCGGCAUCCCCCUGCGCAGGGGUCAGGCACGUGGGGGCUACCGCGGGCCUGGCGGUAUGGGCUUCCGCGGGGGCAGGGGUCGCUCCACCAGCAGAGGGUCCUUCGGUCCCCCCCACGGAGGACACGGCUACAGGGGAGGAUACAAUCGAACAAGCCAGGGAGGACGGGAGUUUUCAGAGAACUUUGAGUACAGGGAUAACCGUGGCUGCAUAGUACACCUGGAGGACAGAUCCAGAGAGGCGACGCCUCAUGUUUAGAAAUUGUUUGUUUAAAAGAAUGAAGAUUGUAUAUUUGUCAACAUCACUGGGGUAGACUGCUUGAAUGCCACUUCUUUUCCAUGUCUUUUCAUUAUGGAAAUGAUGCAAUCCAUCGAUCUCUUCAAAACAAACAAUUUCCAGGUGUAUAAAAAUAUUUCUGAGGGAUGUCCUUUUCAGCAGUGAGUUUUUUCCCUUCCUGUAACAGGUAUUUGAUUAUAUUCUGUUAGGUGUAGAGGGCCGUAUGACUGAGGAUCGCUGACAUAGCUUCAUUUUUGGGGGGGUAACCUGUAAUGUAACUUCAGCACCGAAAUAGCCAGUGGGGUCUGUCACAGCGUUCUGUGUAUUUUUCAACCACACAAACGUUCCUAUACCUAGUCCGCUAGCUAUCCACCUUCUCCAAAUGGCAGUGUUGGUGAUUUUUAGCUAGAUAUCAACUUUUUGUAAAUGAUAUUCUGUUUUAUUUAUUUCCAACUCUUCACUAGUGAUGGUGCUCGAUGUACUUGGCUAUACUCUUCUGGUUUGGCGAUAUAGUUUAACUCUGGGUGCGUAACUAGGUAUAAGGAAAGAUGGAUCAUAGGUCAGAACUUAAUUUUCUGUAGAUUGCCCUGUACUCGAGGCUACUGGUAUUGUGUGACUAGAGUUGUACAAUGCUGCUGUUUGCGACGGUUAUAUCUCUAGCGUAAUCUAUGUAAACUGCUACAAGAGCUCGCUAAAGCAGGCCAUCUAAGUAUGCUUCUUCCUGACAAAUGGGCCACAUUUCGGUUUCGAACAUUUCUAGGGCGCUUUUCAAAUUCUUAUUCCCUUUUACCUCUUUGUCAGUCAGUUGGUUAAACCCUGAACUCCACAUCCUCGUUCCUCUCAAAGAAACCGGAAUGCCAGAAAGAAUUUGACUCGCCAACAGUACUUGAGAUGUCUGACGGAGAGAAACAAUACCCUGACUAAACUCUUGAUUCCAUGCCACUGACUCGGUCCCAUGGCACUGCAUGGUGGUUGAUGGCUUGCUAAAGCUACACAAGUGAUGUCAGCAUAAUUGCUCAGUUAAGAAUGUCUUUAAAUAUUUGAAUUGUAGAGCCCUUUGGUUUUAGCUUCGUAGGUAUUAGUUACAUAGCAAUAUUGAAGCUAAUGUUUUGGAGGGUUUGAAUGGUCGGGCACAAAUUGGGUGAAGGUUGGUUGAUAGGAAGUAAUGAACUCUGACUGAAUGUUGUCUGAUGCUAUCUUGGCCCGGCAUGAUUUAAAUAAGUCCGUAACUAGAGUAAACACUAGCUAGAUUUGGAAUUUUAUAUCUUGCAGGAAACGUACACACAGUUGCACUUUUUACGAUUUGAAGUUGUUUUAUAUAAUGGUGUCUUCUGUUCAUUUGUGUGAGUCCUGAGAUUGUAUUCCAGUUCUGCUAACUGCGGAUGACUGGUGAAUCCCAAAUGGCAGCCUAUUCCCUAUAUAGUGCACUACUUGGCUCUGGUCAAAAGCAGUUCACUUUACAGGGAAUAGGGUGCUAUUUGGGAUGAAGCCGAUGAUGUUAUGGUACCUGGACACCCCCCCCCCGUGAACAGGUCUUUAAAAAGUACAAGUUCAGUAUCUCGUUUGAUUCCUUGAAUAUUGUUCUUAAAUGUAUAUUUUAUGGAUGUAUGCAUAUGGCUUUGGCACCAGAAAAAUCCCCAAAUGUUGUUUAAAGAUGAAGGGAUGACUGUGCAGAGCUAGCCUGGUUAAACCUAAUGUGUUAGUCUGAUUUAACUGGGCUGGUGCAAAGCUACUUUUUUUUCUUUUUUUUUUAAGUGUCCUCAGGAAGUUAAGAUGAAUUUCUCUUGUUGUGCCUUAAUGCCAGUGAAUAACUAGAAUACUACAUUUGAACUAAUAACGGAGUGAAAUAAAUGGUCAAAGUAAAUCAAGUUUACUUAAAAUGGAUGUUAUAAGAACUUGUGCCCAUUUUGGUGUACUCUGAAGUUCUUUUGCACAGUGCUGUUUGAUGAACUAGGUUAUUGCUUGAUAAUGUACUAGAUUUAUUCAGAAGUAUGGAAAUGUCUACAUCGGUACAUUUAAUUGAGUGAAGGGAGUUGACGCCAAGUUCCAACGUCUUGUUUAUUUCCAUUGCAGGAUCGUUAUUCUCUGGCAUUGAUGCACUGUAGUGUAAAGUGUGUUGGAUUCUGCCCCCAUGAAGGUUUUGAAAGCUUUAAGUAAUUUAAAAUUAGACCAAACAUCUACAUGCAUCCCUUGUCUUAAUUAUAUGACUGUUUUUAGAACCUCUGUUCUUCUGCGCCAAUGUGUUUUGAGGAGACGAGGGGAGAACAUGAGGAAUCAAGGCAAUACAUUUGAGAUGCACCCAUAGGAUCAAGUGCCUAGUUCAAAGGGAUGUCCUGUAUCUCCAUUUCUCAUUGUUGCACAGAAGCCUGCAUGAGGGUCUGGCUCAAGCCACUAAAUCAUGACACAACAAGGAUACAAUGCAAUAACUUACUGAAAUGUCUGUGCUGGGGGUAGUUUGUUUGAGCAUCAGAUGUCAUUUAUAUACAGACUUAAAGGUUGUUAAUUGGGUCCAUUUUUUUUUCUAACCGUUUUGUCUCUAAACCCAGCAUGACGUCCUCUUCUGUGGGCCUCAGUGGACUGGGGUUUUUAUUCAAAGCAUACAAUAAAAGUUUUCAUAUCUG